AUGACUGAUAUAAAUCCAUCCAUAAAGUCAGAUAUACUCCUGAGACUAGAAUCCCUAAAGGCAAAGAGAAAAGAGGCACAGAAACUAAAUCGACAGGAGCUAUUCCAGUACACCAAGAACCAACGUAUUGCAUCCAUAAAAUCUAAAAAGGAAAAAGAAAAGGAGUCCAAUCAUUAUAAUGAGUAUGAAGAUGAUAAUAAAGAAUCACAUUCCAAGAAAUGGCAUAUACAGAAGAAACUGGAUGGAUCAGCCAAUUUUAACGAUUUGGCAGAACUGACAUAUUACAAACGCAUUGAUAAACUAAAGGUGGAUAAAGAAUCGUACAAGAACCAAAAGGAAUUACUAUUGAAUCAACAAGAUUCAGGCAAAGAUAAAUCGUCGAGCAUAGUCGAUGUACUGAAUCAUCCUGACGCAGAAACCAAAGUUGAAGUAGUUCGAUUCUUAUCUGAUAUUAAUGACAAACGAAUGAAAAGACGACGCAAUGCUAAAGAUGAAGAGGUUGUUGAUAAUUUUAUCAAUGAAAAGAAUAAACAGUUUAACAUGAAGUUAAACAGACAAAUCAAUAAGUAG